AUGCAGCGCGCAUUUGCGUUCUUUUUCAAGUCUUUGCUCAUAUAUCUAUCUAUCUAUCUAUCUAUCUAUCUAUCUAUCUAUCUAUCUAUCUACCGCAGUCUAUCAUACCUAGUCUACGGGCCAGAAAUAACCAGAGAGGCUGAACUGUGGCAGCGCAUACAAGAUGCUAAAAAUAGACCGCUAGAAACACCAAGAGACGAUAUUAUCAAUAUAAUGAAAUACUUUUUUUUUUAUUUAUCUAAAUUUAAUUUAUUGAAAUUUAUUAAUAUAUCUAUCUAUAAUAUUCAUAAUUUUCACUAUCUAUCUUUCUACACAUUUAUCUAUCUAUUUAUUUAUCUAUCUCAUCAUUUUCAUUAUUCUAAAAUCUAUCAUCUAUCUAUCCAUGGACAUGGUAUCUAUGUUUAUCUGAUCAUUUUAUCAUAUUUAUUAUCUAUUAUCUAUCUAUCAAAUGAUUUAUUCUAUGAAUCUCAUCAUUUCUAUUAUUAUCUAUCUAUCAUAUUAUCUAUCUAUAUAUUAUCUAUCUAUCUCGAAAUUUUAAUUAUUAUUGAUCAAUUUAAUAUCUAUCAUCUAUUUAUCUAUUUCAAAUUUUAUUAUUAUGGUUUCAUUUAUCAUCUAAAUCUAUAUCAUUUUCAAUAUCUAUAUCUAUUAUCUAUCUAUUAUAUCAAUCUAUCUAUCUCACUGCUUCACUUUUCAAAUUACUCUCCCCGCGCUAACUCUCUCUCUCUCUCUCUCUCUCUCUCUCUCUCUCUCUCUCUCUCUCUCUCUAUCUAUCUAUCUAUCUAUCUGUCUAUCUAUCUAUCUAUCUGUCUCUUCAUAUCUGUUCACUUCAUAUCUAUCUAUCUAUCUAUCUAUCUAUCUAUCUAUCUAUCGUUUCCAUUGUCUGUUUUGAAAAUAAAAAUGAAUUUAUAA